AUGGCGGAAGAACAGGCGCGCGAAGAGCUCUUGGGCACGUUCAAGAGUUUGCUCGAAUCUGGCGAUUACUCUGACUUUGUCAUCACCUGUGGAACCGACACCUACAACGUUCACAAGAGUGUGGUUUGUACUCGGUCGGGGUUCUUUAAGGGCGCGGAGAGAUUCACUGCUGGACAAGAAGCUGCGACUGCCAAGGCCGAUCUCUCAGAAGACGAGCCAGAGAUCGUGAAGCUACUUUUGCAGUACCUGUACGAAGGCGAAUACGACGUCAAGCUUGUUGACAUCAAGCUCGUCAAUAUGGCACACUCGACCCGGCCAGUGGUACGCGGCAACAUCUUGAGCCCCUGUCACUACUCCUUUCCGCACACUUGCCAACCUUACUGCUUUGACGACGAUUAUGCUUGGGUUUGCCAACAUCACCAAUGCUGCUCCCAGAACUGCUGUGUCAAUUUCGUGUGCACUCAGUGCUGCCCUGACUGGAUUCCUCCGCCAAAGGGCGCAGACGCAUCGCAACUCCUUCUCAGUGCGAAGAUGUACGAAAUCGGCGACAAGUACGACGUACUUGGACUCAAACAGCUCGCUCUUUCCAAGUUCUCUCUCGCAUGUGAGAAGUACUGGGAGAGUCAGCAGUUUGCCCCUGCCGCUCAUUAUGCUUUCUCCACAACACCAGAGAGCGACAAAGGCCUCCGAGACAUCGUCAUCAAAACCAUCGCAGACCACAUGAAGAUGCUUAAUUCACCGGCGGUGGAGGCGCUACUCAACGAGUUCAAUGGCCUGGCUAUGGGCGUGCUCAAGAUACGCGCGAAGGACUUGGGGUUGAUCUAG